AUGUCCGCUCGCCCACGCAUCCCGUUCUUGCUCACCAGCAUCGCCUCUUCACCGAAACAAGGGACUCUGCUUGCAAUUGUCUGGUCGCGAGAACGCCUCAGCGCCGCCAUCAGCUAUAUCAGUCGCGCUGCACGCUGCCGCUUUCUAGACCGUUUGCAUCUCUACUGGUUGACCACCAACGCUGUUAUGGCAUCUCUGACACCGCCCCAGUCACCGCCGUCCUGGACGCACUCUGCGGAACAGUUCCUCGAGCUCACGAAAGAUGUGAUCGCGAAGGAUCGGGUCCGAAGGACCGGGUUACAGCGCCGCCUUCUGCUGAUUGUAACCUUUCAUGCCGGACCUGCCACCGGAGAAAAGGAGCGUGUUGUGCUCCUGAAGCUCAAGGAGGAAGAACAUGCGGCGAACACCUACCCAUCUGACGGCAACUUCUACACAUGGGACUACUGGUAUUACCACCGCGUGCUACUCGAGCGCUCGCUCAAGCUGGAUGACGAGAUGGUCAAGGAGCACUGUCCUGUCAGUGCGGUGGUGCCUACGAUCCUCGAGAUCUACCAGAACCUGCUUGGCGUGUGGUUCGUGGAGAUCAACGGCGAGACGUGGCAUCCUGUUUGCGGUAUGGGAGAAGAUGCGAAUGACGAGUCCCGCUUUGUCGGGUAUUGUUACUUGGACCUCUUCCCUCGUGAAUCGAAAUAUUUCCAAUUGGCAGUUUGGCCCUUGCUUCCAGGAUUCAUGUGUCCUGAUGGCAUGCGGAGCUAUUCGCUAGCAGCGAUGGUCGCAAACUUAGCAAAGCCCACACCGACGAUUCCGGCACUGAUGCCGCACAAUGACGUCGUGACGUUUUUCCAUGACAUAGGGCACGUCUUCCAUGAGCUGUUGAGCAGGACGCGGUUCUCUACGUUCCAUGGGACAUCUAUGGGAGGUGACUUUGUGGAGGCGCCCUCGCAGAUGCUCCAGAAUUGGUGCUUCGAGCCAGCGGUUCUCGAACGCAUGUCAAGUCAUUACAAGACCAAACAGCCGCUCUCAAGAGACCUCAUCGACAAGAUCAUCAAGAGAUAA